UGUUAUUGAUGUCUCAUGAGCUUUCCCAAAGAAACAAGCCUUGACAUUUGCUGUUCAUCCUUUUCAUUUAGGAUGAUUAUUAAAGGUAAACCUCUGUUUCAUGUCAGAUGUAAACACUUGACAAGAAUGACGUCACAGGUACAACGCUUUGUACUUCCAGAUGGGGUAAAUUACAUUGGUUAUAAACAAAGGGUUCGUGAUGUCAACAGUCCUGGUGUUAUAUUUUGCUCUGGUUUUCUUUCGAGUUUAAAUGGUACAAAAGCAUGUUUUUUAGAAGACUACUGGGAGAGGAAUAAUUUGUCUUACUUGAGAUUCGAUUAUUUUGGACACGAAUUUUCAAGUGGUUCGUUGGAUGACUUUUCUAUUACCUCGUGGAAAAAGAACACGUUAGAUGUCCUAGACAAUUUAACAGAAGGUCCGCAGAUUAUGGUAGGUUCCAGUAUAGGUGGCUGGAUAUCCCUUCUGGUUGCAAUUGAACGGCGUGAGCGUAUACACAGCAUAGUUGGUAUUGCAAACGCGGCUGACAUGUUUUAUACAAGAUUAUCCAGUAUGCCACAGAAAGAAAUAGAUCUAGCUAAAAAUUCAGGUUACUUCGAAUUUAAGUCGGAAUACUUCGAAGAGUUGCGGGUUCCAUUUUCCUGUUUAGAAGAUUCAAGCAAAAAUCGGGUUUUAAACUCGGAACAAAUUCCAAUAUCAUGUCCAGUGCGGUUGUUACAUGGUAUGGGUGACAACACGAUUUCUUAUGAAAAUUCCAUCCAAAUUGCCAAAAAACUUCAAAGUAACGAUGUCAAGGUUAACUUGGUCAAAAAAGCCGAUCACCGUUUUUCAAGUUCACAUGAUUUGAAAAUGAUUAGUGAAACACUGGAUGAACUAAUAAGCAAGAAUUAAAAAUUUGUCUGGUUGAUUGGGAUAUCCGUUUUUUUGUCCGGACAUGCUCACAAGGCAGGAUCAUACAAAUCCGUUUCUUUCCGGUAAGAAGUUUUUCAGGGAACGCUUUUGCGUUUCAUAAAAAGUUUUGAAUUUCCUUAAUAACCUAAAAUUUGGACCUAAAAUAUUGAUUCUUUUAAA